UCCUGCCAGGUAUCCCUUUGCAGAUGGUGUCCAAUGUCAGUGCCAUUCAGUGUAUGCCAGGCUGAUCCAUGGUCACUUUCCGGGAUGGCUGCAAGGUGACUUCAGCUGAGGAUGACCCUGACUGAAAGGCUGCGUGAGAAGAUAUCUCGGGCCUUCUACAACCAUGGGCUGCUCUGUGCAUCGUACCCCAUCCCUAUCAUCCUUUUUACAGGACUCUGCAUCUUAGCCUGCUGCUACCCACUGCUGAAACUCCCCUUGCCAGGAACAGGACCUGUGGAAUUCACAACUCCAGUGAAGGAUUAUUUGCCCCCACCUGUGGACUUUGACCGCAAACAAGGAGUGACAACUGAGCAGCCAGAGUGGUAUGUGGGUGCCCCAGUGGCUUACAUCCAACAGAUAUUUGUGAAGUCCUCAGUUUCGCCCUGGCACAAGAACCUCCUGGCAGUGGAUGUGUUCCGUUCACCUCUAUCCCGGGCAUUUCAGCUGGUGGAGGAGAUCCAGAACCACAUGCUGAGAGACAGCUCAGGGACCAGGGCCCUGGAGGAGGUAUGCCUGCAGGUGACCGAUCUACUGCCCAGCCUCAAGAAACUCCGAAACGUGCUACCUGAGCAUGGAUGCUUGCUGCUCUCUCCUGGGAACUUCUGGCAGAAUGACCGGGAACGCUUCCACGCUGAUCCUGACAUCAUUGCUACCAUCCACCAGCACGAGCCCAAAACUCUGCAGACCUCGGCCACGCUCAAAGAUUUGCUAUUUGGGGUUCCUGGGAAGUACAGUGGUGUCAGCCUCUACACCCGAAAGAGAAUGGUCUCAUACACCAUCACCCUGGUCUUCCAGCGCUACCAUGCCAAGUUCCUGGGCAGCUUGCGUGCCCGCCUGAUGUUGCUGUACCCCAGCCCCAACUGCAGCCUCCGGGCAGAGAACCUGGUCCAUGUGCACUUCAAAGAGGAGAUUGGCAUCGCUGAACUUAUACCCCUCGUGACCACUUACAUCAUCCUGUUUGCAUACAUCUACUUCUCCACACGCAAGAUCGACAUGGUCAAGUCCAAGUGGGGGCUGGCCCUCGCUGCUGUGGUCACGGUGCUCAGCUCGCUGCUCAUGUCUGUGGGGCUCUGCACACUCUUCGGCCUGACGCCCACCCUCAACGGCGGUGAGAUUUUCCCGUACCUUGUGGUGGUCAUUGGGCUGGAGAAUGUGCUGGUACUCACCAAGUCUGUGGUCUCUACCCCAGUUGACCUUGAAGUAAAGCUGCGGAUUGCCCAAGGCCUCAGCAGUGAGAGCUGGUCCAUCAUGAAGAACAUGGCCACGGAGCUGGGCAUCGUUCUCAUUGGCUACUUCACCCUAGUGCCUGCCAUCCAGGAGUUUUGUCUCUUUGCUGUCGUGGGCUUGGUGUCCGACUUCUUCCUUCAGAUGCUAUUCUUUACCACCGUCCUAUCCAUUGACAUUCGCCGGAUGGAGCUAGCAGACCUGAACAAGCGACUGCCUCCAGAAGCCUGUGUGCCCCCCGCUAAACCAGUGGGCUGGGCAGCUCGCCAUGAACGGCACUUGGCUGUGCGGCCGUCCAUGCCUCACACCAUCACCCUGCAGCCAUCCUCCUUCCGAAACCUGCGGCUCCCCAAGAGGCUACGUGUUGUCUACUUCCUGGCCCGCACUCGUCUGGCACAGCGCCUCAUCAUGGCUGGCACUGUCGUGUGGAUCAGCAUCCUGGUGUACACAGACCCAGCAGGGCUGCGCACCUACCUUGCUGCCCAGGUGACAGAACAGAGCCCGCUUGGUGAGGAAGGCCUUGCUCCCAUGCCUGUGCCCAGCAACGUGCUGCCAGCCAGCCACCCGGACCCCGCGUUCUCCAUCUUCCCACCCGAUAACCCUAAGCCAGCCGAGAACCAGACGUCACCAGGGGAGCCACCUGGACCCAUGGGUCCAGCAGAGAACAUCCAUGACAGCCCAGUUCCCGAGGUCACUUGGGGGCCUGAGGAUGAGGAACUCUGGAGGAAAUUGUCCUUCCGCCACUGGCCAACACUCUUCAGCUACUAUAACAUCACACUGGCCAAGAGGUACAUCAGUCUGUUACCGGUCAUACCUGUCACCCUCCGCUUGAACCCCAGAGAGGCCCUGGAGGGGCGGCACCCCCAGGAUGGCCGAAGUGCCUGGCCACCACUGAGACCAGGCCCAGCACACAGUGGGCUCUGGGAGCCCAACCCCAAGGGAGCUGGUGGGGCACAGACCCAUGGAGACGUCACCUUGUACAAGGUGGCGUUGCUCGGCCUGGCUGCGGGCAUUGUCCUUGUGUUGCUGCUGCUUUGCCUCUACCGUGUGCUCUGUCCACGGAACUAUGGGCAGCUGGGCGGGCCUGGCCGGCGGAAGCGUGGGGAGCUGCCCUGUGAUGACUAUGGCUAUGCACCACCUGAGACGGAGAUCGUGCCCCUGGUGCUGCGUGGGCACCUCAUGGACAUCGAGUGUCUGGCCAGCGAUGGCAUGCUGCUGGUGAGUUGUUGCCUGGCGGGGCACGUGUGCGUGUGGGAUGCACAGACCGGAGACUGCCUGACACGUAUCCCAAGGCCUGGCAGGCAGCGCCAGGACAGUGGUGUUGGCAGCGUGUUUGAGGCUCAGGAAAGCUGGGAACGUCUAUCAGACGGCGGGAUGGGCCUGGAGGAGUCUGGGGACAGCCCCUUACUGCAGCACCGCCCCCGGGGUCCUCUGCCACCUUCCCUCUUCGGGGACCAACCAGACCUCACCUGCCUCAUCGACACCAACUUCUCUGCACAACCACGCCUGCAGCCCUCGGAGCCCGCCAAGCCCGAGCCACGGCACCGAGUUGGCUGUGGCCGCGCCCAAGACUCCCCAGGCUAUGACUUCAGCCUCCUGGUGCAGCGGGUGUACCAGGAGGAGAGGCUGGCUCCCCUCCACUCACCAGCUGUGCGCCCACCCUCGCCCGGGUCUGUACUGCUCCCAGCCCCUGAGGAAGGGGGCUCGCCUUCAGAGAAAGGCUCCCCUUCUCUUGCCUGGGCCCCCAGCGCAGAUGGCUCCAUCUGGAGCCUGGAGCUGCAGGGCAACCUCAUCGUAGUGGGGCGGAGCAGUGGCCGUCUGGAGGUGUGGGAUGCCAUUGAGGGGGUACUACGCUGCAGCAGCGAGGAGGGUUCCUCCGGCAUCACUGCCCUAGUCUUCCUGGACAAAAGGAUUGUGGCUGCCCGGCUCAAUGGCUCCCUCGAUUUCUUCUCCUUGGAGACCCACACUGCUCUCAGCCCCCUGCAAUUCAGAGGUACCCCAGGGCGGAGCAGUGCUACCACAUCCCCAGUUUACAGCAGCAACGAUGCAGUGAUCUGCCGCAUGACCCACACGGUGCCCUGUGCCCACCAGAAGCCCAUUACAGCCCUGAAGGCUGCUGCUGGGCGCCUCGUGACUGGGAGCCAAGACCACACACUGAGGGUAUUCCGUCUGGAGGACUCCUGCUGCUUGUUCACCCUGCAGGGUCACUCAGGGGCCAUCACCACCGUGUACAUCGACCAGACUAUGGUGCUGGCCAGUGGUGGACAAGAUGGGGCCAUCUGCCUGUGGGACGUGCUGACUGGCAGCCGAGUCAGCCAUAUGUUUGCUCACCGUGGGGAUGUCACCUCCCUCACCUGCACCACCUCCUGCGUCAUCAGCAGUGGCCUAGAUGACCUCAUUAGUAUUUGGGACCGUAGCACAGGCAUCAAACUCUACUCCAUUCAGCAGGACUUGGGCUGUGGUGCAAGCUUGGGUGUCAUCUCAGAUAAUUUGCUGGUGACCGGUGGCCAGGGCUGUGUCUCUUUUUGGGACAUAAACUACGGGGACCUGUUGCAGACUGUGUACCUGGGGAAGAACAGUGAGGCCCAGCCGGCCCGCCAGAUCCUGGUGCUGGACAACGCUGCAAUCGUCUGCAAUUUCGGCAGUGAGCUCAGCCUGGUGUACGUACCUUCGGUGCUGGAGAAGCUGGACUGACGGCAGCAGCAAAGAACAUGCUCAGUGGGGGCAAUGCACUGGAUGGAGGGAAGGAACCCAGUGUGU